GUUACUACGGAAGUUCUUUUCUGUUUCGUUCGACCAUAACAUCGUUGUUCUGUCCCAUUCAACCUGGUUCACCAUGAAUCCACUUACGAAGGUGAAGUUGAUCAACGAGCUGAAUGAGCGAGAGGCCAAACUCGGGGUGAAUGAGUCUGUUUCCUGGCACAGCGAGUACAAAGAAAGCGCCUGGAUUUUUAUCGGAGGAUUUCCAUACGAACUGAGUGAAGGUGACAUCAUCUGCGUCUUCUCCCAGUAUGGAGAGAUCGUGAACAUUAACCUGGUGCGAGACAAGAAGACCGGGAAGUCCAAAGGUUUCUGCUUCAUCUGCUAUGAGGACCAGCGGAGCACCAUCCUGGCUGUGGACAACUUCAACGGCAUCAAGAUUAAAGGUCGGACCAUCCGUGUGGACCACGUUAAAGACUACCGUCCUCCCAAAGACUCGGAGGACAUUGAUGAUGUCACCAAACAGCUGAGGGAGCAGGGCUGUGCUCCUAAACUCCUCCCGCCGCCACCGCCCUCCUCCUCCUCCUCAGAGGAAGAGGAAGUUGAGCAGUACGCCAUCCCCGUGAAGAAGCCCAAAAAAGACAAGAAAGAGAAGAAGAAAAAGAAGAAAGAGAAGAAGGAGAAAAAGAAAGCAGAAAAGGAGAGAGAAAAAGAGAUGGGGAAACGCUCUUCCUCUUCUUCUUCUUCUCCUUCUCCUCUUCCUCCUCCUCCUCCUCCUGUUCGAGUCAAAGAGGAGAAGCAGGAUCCUGGAUAUAGCAAAUAUAACCAGAGGGGGGAGCCACCAGGAGGACAAGAGAACGGACAGAGAGCGACGAGGGACAACGAGAGACUGAGAGGGGAGGAGGAGAGGAGGAGAGAGACAGAACGAGAGAGAGAGGAUGACAGGAGGAGGAAUAGAGACAGGAGCAGAGACAGGAGCAGAGACAGAGAGGGUGAGAGGAGGAGAGAGACAGACAGAGAGUAUGAGAGAAAAAGAGAGACAGGGAGAGACAGUGAUAGAAGAAGAGAGAUGGACAGAGAUGACAACAGAAGAAGAGAGACAGAAAGGGAGAGGGACGGUGAUAGGAGGAGAGAAACAGACCGAGAUGGUGAGAGAAGAAGGGAAACCGACCGCGACAGAGAAAGUGAUAGAAGAAGAGAAACAGACAGAGAAAGUGAUAGAAGAAGAGAGAGCGACAGAGACAAAGAUCCGUCACGUAAGCACUGAGACUUUUUGUAGUAAACUGAGAAUCUAUCUGUUGGUUUCAUGAUGUAAAAACAUGUCAAAUGUAAAGUACAUAGUGAUAUCUUUUAUCAUUUUCCAAAUGUUUGAUGUUUUUUCUGGAUUACAGAAGGUUUAAAGUAAUGCUGGCGCUCUCUAGAGGCUGCAGUGUUUUACUACAUAACCUGCACAUUUAAGUGCUUAUCAAACAAGACUGUACAGUGGAUUUAAAAUGUGACAUGUAUUGCUUUAAAUGGUUGUAAUGCUUAAAUUCUUUGUAGUUAUUGUGACAAAGAAGCUAUUUUUGUUUACAUUCCCAAAGGUUGACAUUCAAUCAGUUGAAUAAAACAAGUUUAAGGAUA